AUGCCGGAACAGCCAACAGACUCUAGCAACAGGAUCGAAGAGAUCAGGGAGACCAAUGCUUGGUUCCUGGACUCUGUCUUCUUCUACGGCGAUCGUUUUUACCAGUUUGCGCGACGCUUGAUUGAUGCGCUGUCAAGACUACAUCAGGCGGUACGUGACGGCCAGCUGCCACCUACUGCCGCACGACGGGCGGCUGCUUUCAUCAUUGCUUGCGGCUCUGUUUUGGCUGCUGGCUUUGUUCACGGCUCGAUACAGAGGCAGAAGCGCUCCGAGUGGAAGGAAAUGCGAAGGCCCCUGGGAUCUCCUCACUGCAUGCCCUCCAGAAACCUUGCUUUGGACAGGCAGGCGCCACGCCGUCCGAUGGGCGGCCGGGCGGAGGAAUGCGCAUCUGCCCGGUCGAGCCUGGGCAGGAGCUGCCACCGGAAAUUUGUACCUGUUCCCGGAACAAGUCAACUGACAACGAACGCCGCCAUGGCUGCGGCGAUGGAUCCCUCAGCUGCUUCGCCUCUGGCUGCGCUGAGCGGGGACAUCGAGGCCACCCGGCACCCGGGUGAGAUCCGAGUUGAGGAUCUGAGCCUUGUUGUGAAGGGCGCCAAGAAAGGCGACGGCCCACGAAAGAUCCUGUCGAAUGUGACCUGCGAGUUCCCGCCGGGAAGGCUGUCCGCGAUCAUGGGUGCAAGUGGUUCGGGCAAGACGUCCGUGCUGACCGCCAUUCGUGGCCUUCAAGCUACUGACUCCGAGAUGUGCGGACAGGUUCUUUGCGAUGGCCAUCCGGUCAAGAUGGACACCAUGCGCCACUUGGCAAGUGCGGUCCCACAGGAGGACGUGUUUCUCGCAGCUUUGACCCCGAGGGAGACCUUGGGCUUUGCAGCCGAGCUGCGCCUGCCCACCACCUGGGGCCCCGAGGCGAGAGCCAAGCGUGUCGAGGAGGUGAUUAAGCUUCUCAACAUCGAGAAGUGUGCCGAUACAGCUAUCGGAGAUGAAAAGAUGGGGCUGCGAGGAAUUUCAGGGGGCGAGCGUCGGCGCUUGAGCGUGGGCCUAGCAAUCAUCGGCGGCUUGCCCGAGGUCCUGCUUUGCGACGAGCCCACAAGUGGCCUCGACUCCGCCGCAGCCACCAACAUUGUCGCCCUCAUGAAGGCUUUGGCUGGCCGCGGAGUGACGGUCUUGGCUGCCAUCCACCAACCGUCGUAUGCGAUCUUCAGCGAGUUCGACUACCUGCUGCUUCUGGAGGUGGGGGUCGUGGUCUACAGUGGCGAGGUUGCCAAGGCGGAGGAAUAUUUCGCGAAGCACGGAGCUCCGACGCCCGAGAAGACAAAUCCAGCGCAUCACUUCGUGCAAAUUGUACAGGAUGAGAGCAGCAAGUGGAUCGAGACCUGGCAGAAGGCAGCCCCGGCGCAGAAGCCAAUUUCCGCAACAGACAGCUUGCCAGGGAAGGCUGCCGAUAUGCCGAGCAUGUGGCAGCAAACGUGCAUUCUGACCAGGCGCACACUACUGGAAAACUUCAAAAACAAGAAGAAGCUCGAUGCUCAGUUUGACGCCACUCCCCCGUGGGAAGAGGAGUUCACCCAGAAGAACAUCUUCCCUAUCAAGGGCGUGAUGUUCCUCUGCGCGAGCCUCAUUCUCUGUCGCGGCCUCCGACCGGCGGCAGAAGUCGUGGACUGCGGAACCAAGGGCCAAGGCGUCCUAGCCACACAGGACAUUCGUCCUGGGGAGGUUCUCUCGUGCGAGAAGCCACUCAUGAGACUGACGGUGAACGGGCGCGACUCUUCUUGGUACGAUGAAGCCGAGGAGCAGUUCCAGAGGUCGAAAGAAGAUGUCCAACGGCGGAUCUUCUAUUUGGCGGACACCUUCUCCGAGGGCCCGAAAACUUUGCUCGGAAUCCUGAGGACCAACCUCUUCUCUGCAGAUGAAUCUGAUGAUGUCCUUCUGUGCGAAAUGGCAAGUCGGUUCAACCACUCUUGCAAUGCGAAUUGCGAGCAGGUCUGGAACCAGGAGACCCUCCGCAUGGAAGUCCGUUCAUGCACAAACAUCCCGGCAGCUCAGGAGCUGUGUGUCCGCUACAUCGACAUCCGAGGUGCGAUGAGCUAUCGCCAGUAUUUGCUGAAGAAGAUGUUCGGCUUUGACUGUGCUUGCGAGGUUUGUGCUCGUGGUGCUGAUGACGAAAGUGACUCCCGGCGCAGUGAAAUGGCUUGUCUCUCCGAUGUUCUGGACCAUGUGGAGCCGGGGCAGGAGGAGGUUUCGACACGCACUUUGCUGAGACGGGUGAGGCAGCUGCUGGAUCUCUAUGACGAAGAAGGUUUGCAUGAUCAGAGCAGCCGGCUCUUGGCGUACGAGGCUGCUGCAGCUUUGGAAGACUAUCGAGGCAAGAUUGCUGCCUCGCAUCGCUGGCUUCAAAGGGCGCUGCGUUGUUCAGAGAUGAUCCGAGGAAGCGAGCAUCCAGCCACACGUGAGCUGCGAGCGAGGGAAGUGCGAACUCAGGCGCCUGUCUGUGGCAACGAGCGAGAGCAAAAGGAUCUACAGCAGAACCCUUUGAUUGAGUCCUUCUACGCAGGUGCGGCAACUUUCCAGCAGACCAAAGGACUUCUCAAGCGUGAGUACUACGAUGGAGUCUACCAGGUCCUUCCAUACUACAUGGCCUACUACACCGGCUUUCUCGCCAUGCAGGUUCCAUGGACUCUCGCAUGGGCGACGCCGCUGUACUUGCUCAUUGGGCUACCGCUGGAUGCGUACCGCUUCGGUGUGUUUGUGCUGACAACCUUCCUCGUGCUGCUUUUCGCUUGCGUGGCUGGCUCUGCAGUGGGAGCCAAAACGCGCGACGCAGACGGCAAUCGAGCAGUUCUGAUGCCGCUCAUCAUUCCUGCUACGCUAUUUUCAGGAUAUGUCAUUCCUUUUGACCAGAUACCCAGAGUCUGGCUGCCGUUCUACUACAUGUCACCGAUCAUGUGGGCAAUGAGUAUUUUCGAGACGAGCCUCUACGAGGGAGUCGUCUUCGAGGACUGCAACCCGAACAUGCCGAUGUGGAGACGACGAUGCUGG